AUGGAGAGCAUUGAGGAAGAAUUCGGAUACUCUACGGAUACGGAUACCAUCCGUGAACAUAAGUAUCCACUACUCAAUGGAACAACUUAUCUAGACCACGCCGGAACAACACUCUAUGCCAAAUCAUUUAUCGAGUUAUUCUCGGAUGAUAUGAUAUCCAGUCUCUUCGGAAAUCCCCAUUCGAUGUCUGUAUUAUCACGACUGUCUAUAGAGCGGAUAGAAGACUUCUUUAAUGCAAGCCCCGAUGAGUUUGAUAUGGUUUUUGUGGCAAAUGCGACAGUAGCUAUUAAGUUGAUUGGAGAAUCUUUUCGAGAUGACCCUCGGGGAUUUUGGUAUAGGUACCACGUUGAUGCCUACACUAGCGUGUGGUGCGGGCAAAUCCGUUCCGCUGCUAACGAAGGAAGGAAUAUAUUCACCUUGCUUAAUGCCGCCUCGUUUCUAUUAACUGCUCCUCUUAACCUAAGUGAUGUAGCUACCGCUCCGGAUUUUACGGCGCUUAGCUUUUACAAAAUCUUUGGAUUCCCUGAUUUAGGGGCUUUGGUUGUCCGGAAAAGCACUAUAUCCGUACUUAAGCGACGAAAGUUUUUCGGCGGGGGUACCGUGGAUAUGCAUACCAAAAAAGAAACCUCAAUCCAUGAGCGGCUUAAGGAUAGCACCCUUCUAUUUCACAGCAUUAUUGCACUUGAUACCGCCCUAAAGACGCACAAACGUCUAUAUGGGUUAAUGACGAAUAUUUCUUCCUAUACUAGUCACGGCGAGUGGAUCCCUAAGUCCGAGGAAGGAGAAGAGCUACGUCGCUAUUAUGCCACUAGUUUACGCUGCGGUGAUGACUAUGAUAUAUUAGAUGGCCGACUAACUAGCAUUUUGCGUGUUAGUCUAGGAGCAAUAAGCAAUCUGAAGGAUAUAGACUCACUGACAGAAUUCGUCGAGGAGUUUUAUAUAGAGAAAGUCCCUCCUUUGGUGUUAUUGAGUCCUCCGAUAGAUGCAAGCAAUACAAUCGCCCCUUAG